GUUUCCAAAUGCCGAUAAUCGAUAAUUUAUUAUCGAAAACGUGAAGGUAGAUAUGUCAACAUGGACGAUUGGUAUCUUCAACGCCAUGGUUAUCCAGAUUGCAGAUAUCAUUUAAAUAUACUCUUAGGCACACGAGAGAAAUUGACAAUCGGACGUAAGGCGGGAGGGGCUGUAGACAUUGUGUGUAAUGGCAAGACAGUGUCUCGAGAACAUUGUGUUUUAAAAUAUGUGGACAACUGUUGGACAAUUGAAGACUUGAAGAGUUUGAAUGGAGUUUACUUGAAUAAAAGUAGAAUUCCAGCAAAUACACCUACUUCCAUGCACGAAGGAUGUGUUUUAGGAGUUGGAGCAGUUGAUUCAUCAGAGUUAGACUACUAUAUUUUUGACCUCUUGAAAAAUACUGUAAAAAGUGAAAGUGAGGAUGAUGAUGCUGUUAAAAUUUUUGAAUUACCUAUUCCUGCUGCCACCACUGAUACUACUCCAUGUGAUCCACUGGAAGAAACAUCGUCUAAAGCUGGCCCUCUCUCUGAAGGAAACUCAAAUCUUCUUGAAAACCCAGUUGAUAGGCAAAAUAAUAAUGUUGUAGUACCAAGUGCAUCUGGGGUGGUGGAAUCUGUCCAGAGGGGUUCUUCAAACUUUUUAUUGGAGGAACCACCUAGAAAACAACCGGUUAUUCCAGAAAAGCCAACCCCGGAAGAAGUAUUGCCUGCCAAAAAUCUACCCGUUGUAACUGAAAAACAUUCUACCCAUUUAGAUUCACCAACACAAGGAGGCCCUGAGAAAGAAUUUCUAGUACGCAACCAAUACGAAGACAAGGAGACCUCUUCUGCGUUAACAAAUUCAAGGCGCCCUUAUUUGGACGAUGUGAAACUAAAGUUGGAUUGUAAAGUAGUUAUCGAAGGAUUGCCAAAACAUUUCACAGUUUCUGGAACCAAUGUCACUUGCAACAAAACACGCACGAAAAAGCGUGUGAAAGGCAAAAGGCGUCUGUUAUGUAUUUCGGACACUGAAUCAGAAGGUGAAGAGAUACUUGAGAACGGCAAUCAUCACCCGAAAAAUCCCCCUGUGAAAGCUGAGUCAAAAGGAAAACAGUUGAAAAAUGUUAUCAACCUGGAGGAGCCUACUUCGAGCCUCGAUGACUACAGUGACGAGGAUGGGGUCAUACUAUCACCAAUACCUUCUACAUCUAAUGCAUCUUCAAAUCACUUAGUUACCAAAUCAAAAUUUGUCGUAGAAAAGCUUUCUAGCGCUAUGGAAGCGGAGCAGAAGAUGUUUUCUGAUGACAGUGACACUAAACGUAGGAUGUUGCCUGCUCCAUCGAUGCGAGUUGAAAAUUUUGAAGAGUUCGUGGGAGAAUGUGAAAUUUUGAAGGUGGACACUGCUAAUUUACAACGUGCCCAUCAUUAUCCAGAUUCCGAUGAUGACGUAAUUAUUUUAAGUUCCGGUGACGAAGAAACGUUUUCUUCCCAAACACGCUUCAAACAAGAGCCUAUUGAUGUUCCAGAUUCUUCUUCUGUUAAUCAUGAUGCCGAAAAACCGUUGUCGAUAGAUGAAAAUGACACGUCAAGUUCGUCAGAUGAAGAAGACAAUCGAUUCUUUCCUGAGCUUUCUCAAGCGUUCUUAAAUGAAAUCGCACAGGAAGAAUCCGACGAGGAACAGACAAAUUUGUCCAGAAAAAUUAGUGGAAGAGGAACUGAUGUGGACAAACUGAAUACUUUAGUCAAAUCUGGGCGCUUUAUCCCAAAAGGCAAAAUGACCCUCCCAACAGAACCUCUUACUUUGAAUAAUCCUCCUAGAGGACGCUUUACCCUUGCAACUGCAGGCACGUCUGCAAGAAGAGAAUCAGAAAACCAAUCGGAGGCAGAAGAAACUGAAGAUCAACGGAAGAAACCAGCCGUAUCAAAUGUUGUAACACCGCGUACAGCCAAGAUAAUACCAAUCAGACCGCAGGUCUCCCGCAAGAGGAAACAAAUAAGUAGUAUUGCUUCAGUUCGAGAGAAAAUGUGUAAAGAUCAGGGUAUGGAGAGUUAUGUGCGUUGUGUACAUGACGCAACAAAGAAGACGGAUGAUAGGCCAUCAACUAGUAGUCUACCAAUUCAAGUAUCGCGGAAGAAAAUCUCGCCACCUAAACCACGUAUUGAAGUAUCAAAAGCGCCAAAAUCAUCUACACCAAACCCAGUAAAGGCUAAAGUUACGAAAAAAUCCCGGGGAGACAUGUUUUUAAAGGACCUUGUCGGUGAAGAGCAAAUCUCUAAAGAAGGUGCGAAGAAGGGUCCCACUUCUGCAUUAUCAGGCUUUUGCAUACCAAAACUAUCGAAAUCAACGGUUGAAUCGUCUUCUAAUGGUCAAGAAGCAUCAUCUUCCUCAGGUGCAUCGGCACAGAAAAGGAAGCAUCCUGAUCAUGAUGAAGAUAGAUUGAAUCAAGCCGAAGCAAAUGCUGUCGAUGAGUCUACAUCCGUCUCAUAUGCAUUCAAGAAGCCUCAAAAACGAGUAGCCCGACGAACUAAUAGUUGUGAUGAUGACGAUAGAAAUGGUGGAUCGUUAUCCUCUAAGUUUCCAAACAGACGGCAUGACAGACCUAGAGAUGAAGCCCUGCCCCUUGGAAGGAACAAAAAGUGGGGUCCUCCUAAUGGGAUUAAAAACGUGCCCCGAGAAGAUGUGGCAUCAAGACAUGCUGGUAAUCGAGAACCUACACCACAUUCAGGAGCGCAAGAUAAUCAACAGAGUAACCACGAAGAAGUUGGAUCGUCAGCUCAACACGAUGAAACUAUUCAACUUCCUAUGCCGGUUGAUGAUGUUACAGAUUGCGAAAAAAGAAUACGAUCUCUAAGUCUGUCUGCAUCGGAAAAUGGUAAUCAUGGUAUUUUAAGAUAUCAUGGCUGGAAUAACGUGUCAAAAAGGAGGAAAAAGGUAUCGAUUGUAGAAGAAAACAAUAAAAUUUACGAAAUUGAGGCACGAGCACCAACUCCACCGCUUCCAUCAAGAACACCUUUUCUUCCUAUUGAUCAUACGGCGCUAACACACGAUAUACUGUACAGAAUUUGUUGCUGGAACUAUAAUUGGAUUGCGCAACAAAAGCUCCAACAACAACAGAAGAAUGAUGAACCACCUCCGUUGCUGGCGGCAGCAAAUAGGGAAAAUAGCCAAUCUCUACCUGCAUUGUCUUUACUUCCAGUAGUGUCAGCCUAUGACAGUCUCGAGGCUUACUGCACCAUCUUCCAAUCACUCAUGUUCCAUGAGACAUGGGCCAUUCUUUGCAAAGACAUGGAAAGCAGUCCAUCAACUCCCAUCAGAGUAUUAGUUUGUUCCAAACCUAAAUCAUGCAAUGGUUUUGCGAUUUUACAAUGUGAAGCUUUAGCGGCAACGAGGAUAAAUGAUAAAGAUCUCGUAGCCAUAACCGUUCCUAUCGCACCACAAAAGCCCCCAGCAAAAUAUUUUUGUGUUGUUGACCAGCUAGUGAUCAGGAACUGGCGGAAAGAAGACACUGAUCCACGCUUGCUGGAAUCAUGCAAACGGCCGAGUGACACUUACAUGAGAAUGUCUUUUGUUCUUUUGGUGAAAUUUUCAAACGUUCCCAAGGAACUAGACAAAAUCUACACUAUCACAAAAAUAACGCGCUUAAGCACCGUGCUGAAACAGUUCAUUCUAAAUGCUGAUUUGUCUCGGUCACCGCUGUGCGACGUUAUUCUUCAUCCAAGUGAUUUCUCAGACGCUUUCAAGUUGGAUACAGUUGAUAUUGAAGGAAAGAACGACUUGUUAAAUCCAGUUCAGUAUAAAGCUGUGGAAUCAAUUACAAAAACAAUAGUUUGCGCAUCAGACCGCGAACCCAAAGUUGCUCUUUUACAGGGUCCACCAGGUACCGGUAAAUCGCACGUCAUCGUCGAAUUGAUUUCCCGGAUGUUAUAUAUACACUACGAGAAGACUAAUAAGUAUCCACGCAUAUUGGUUUGUGCCCCGUCAAACAACGCAGUUGAUGAAAUAGCUGCCCGCCUCAUGCGUGUUCGUGAUGCAAGAAAAAGCAAUUAUCAUAUUGUACGAGUCGGUGUUACAACGUCAAUGCACCCAAGCGUUGCAAAAAUCUCGUUGGAAGAAUUAAUAAAGAAACACCAACAAAGAAUUAUGGAAACAAAGGAAUCCCCGGAAAGCUGCAAACUUCGUACGUUGACAGAAGAACGCCGUCUUCUACGGAAAAAUAAGACAUGCUUAAUUGCUUCGAUCGAUGCCGCUAACAAAAACGGUCAAUCUGAUGAAGCGCGAAUGUAUGCAAGAAAGCUAGAGCAAUUAGAAGGUCAAAUCGAAGGAGUUGACCGGUCUUUACACGAAUGCAGGAAGAAUCACUUCAACUAUUUCAAUACUGAAAGAAUGCGUUCUGCUUUCAAAAAAGAUGUUAUUUCGGGGUCUCAAGUAAUUUUUUCAACGUUAAACUCCUGUCGCAGCAGAGAUAUGGAAAACUUGUUCGUCCAGAAUCGAAGGGGGACAGCAUUCCUUUGUUGUAUAAUAGACGAAGCGUCUCAGUGCACAGAACCCGAAUCACUUACACCACUUGCAUUUGGCAUCAGCAAGUUGGUUUUAAUUGGGGAUCCAGACCAACUACCAGCUACUGUCACAUCUCAGUACGCUGCACGAAAUCGGUUUGAUCAGUCUCUUUUCAACCGUUUUUAUUCGUCGCGAUCAUCAACUAAUUCGGAGGACGAAGAGGGUGUUCUUAUGUUGGAUACGCAAUAUCGGAUGGCACCAUCCAUCUGCGAGUGGCCUUCAAAGUAUUUUUACGGCGGAAAACUAGUAACAGCUGAAAACCUUCCGAGAACGGGACCUUGUUAUGAAUACAGGGCGUUGAACGUUAUUGAUGGGCAAGAAAUUCUCGAAGAUCAAAGUUAUAAGAACGAGAGAGAGGCACUGCUGUUGGCUAAAGUUGUACUACUGAUAUUGAAUUCCCCCUCUGCGCGAGGAAAAUCUGUUGGUGUCAUCACGUUUUAUAGGAGUCAGCAGCAAUGCAUUCUGAAAAAAAUCCAAGAAGAGGCCAGCCAUUUACAGUGCGCUAGAGAAAUCGAAAGGGUGGAGGUGAACACCGUCGAUAGUUUCCAAGGUCGAGAGAAAGAUAUUGUGAUAGUGUCAUGCGUUAGGGCGAGGGAACCAAGAAAUCUCGCUGGAGAUAUAGGUUUCGUCAGCUCGUUACAGCGACUAAACGUUGCUUUGACUCGUGCUAAAGAGUCACUUGUAGUUUGCGGCCAUUUCCAAACACUACAAAUGAAUGAAACUUGGAGAGACCUUAUUAACAAUGCUCAGGGUCGCGAAGUAGCCCAUGUCGUCACAAGUGAUUAUACUUCUGCUAACCUUAGCCCAUUAGUCAUGCGCCCUGAACACAAGGUGUAAUGAUCUUUCCGUUUUCGUAUCCAUGCCCUUCUACAAUUGUGUACUACAGAAGUGUCUUUCAACACUUUGAUUGUUCAUUUCUGCUAUCAUUUGUGUGUACAGGCCGUUUUUUAGAGAAAUUGUUAUUAUCGUCGCCAGUUUCGUAGCUUAAUUUUCAUCGUUUUGCUAUUUAAACUUCCUACCUUUAAUGUGAUCUAAAAGAUUCAGAAAUACAAAAUAUGUAAAAAG